CGCAGGUGCUGGUGCUUUUUCUCCACAGAUCAUUUGCAAAAGUGCGCAGUGUUCGUAUUUGUAGUUGGGCGGGGAGCCCGCGAGCAUGAAAUUACCACCGGGAACUGACAGUCUCGUUGCAGAGGUAGCGACAGAUGAGACGGAGCAAUAGGAUGUGAUGAGGUUUCGAAACAGUCUGCAGUAUUCCCCAAAGUUUACAAAGAGAAGCGGCGCAAACACCAACAAAGUGACGGCCACCUGAUUCACCGGAUAUCCGGUCCACGCGGCUUGAUGACGUCAGAGAACGUUAGCAGCGAACGCAGUGCGCAUAAGAUUUCGUUAGGCUUCACGGAAGCUUUCCGAGUGUCAGGCGAUACCCAUGUUUUAUAAAGCAAGUGGCUGUUAGUAAGCGGUAGCGGUCCUUAGAAAGAGUUGGUGAAGGUCCUACGCAAGGAGCGGUAGGCCCACCUUCUCCAGAAACGCCUUCAAGUCGCCUAUUUCCGCUCCCAAGUGAUAUCCAAGGGCGAGAGUCAGCCAUCUUGACUGUCUGAGAAUGGCCAAGAAAACCUACGAUUUGCUCUUUAAACUGCUGCUAAUCGGAGACUCUGGUGUUGGAAAGACGUGUAUAUUGUUUAGGUUUUCCGACGACGCCUUUCAUACAACGUUUAUAUCCACAAUCGGAAUCGAUUUCAAGAUAAAAACAAUCGAGCUCAAAGGGAAGAAAAUCAAGCUGCAGAUAUGGGACACUGCAGGGCAAGAGAGAUUUCACACCAUCACCACAUCGUAUUAUCGUGGUGCAAUGGGCAUCAUGUUGGUGUACGACAUCACAAACAUGAAGAGUUUUGACAACAUUGCCAAGUGGCUACGGUAUAUCGACGAGCAUGCAAAUGAGGAUGUUGAGAAGAUGAUACUAGGCAACAAGUGCGACAUGGAAGACAAGAGGCUCGUCCCUCGGGAACGCGGAGAAGCCGUAGCGGUAGAUCACGCGAUUAGGUUCAUGGAAACAAGCGCGAAAACAAACGUCAACAUUGAACGGGCGUUCACAGAGCUUGCCGAAGCCAUCCUAAACAAGCAAAUGGCAGGGAAGGACAAUGCGGAGAACCAAGACAGGCUUAGAGUAAUUGCACCGGAGAAGAGUAUGUCAAAGUGUUGCUAGGGAUUUACAGCAUUUUUGAAAGAGUGGCCAUAGCGUGGGAGGGAGAAAGACACGGAUUGGUGAACCAACUGCAGACUCAGACGCGAAAGUAGUAUGUACAUGUAGACCACACCAAUUCAUGUCGAGUGACGGCAAGAGGAACAAGCGUUGGGGGAGGAGGGUUGGGGGCAAGCCUCGUGCCUGGAUCCAAGUGGUGUGACAGGUUUAACUGUCAAGGGACGGCGAAAGACUUGACUAAUGUGCACGUUUCAUUUGAGUUUUUGUUGCGCCGAGGCCUUUCGUUUUCUGUGCUGCCUUCUUCCUGCCUCGCAACUGUCCUCUCGAUGCUAUCUUGGGGGCCUUACACCUCCUCUGUGCUAAACGUCUUUUAUUUUUCUGCCCGUGCAGUGCAAGAGACACGUGUUGCUCCACCCGUGAGAGUUUACCAGAGUUCUCGUGUUGUAUUGUUAAAAAAAAAAGGUCCCCCUUCUGUCAUUGCAUUUUUUUAAUUAUUACUGUAUUAUAAGCCAUUUUUGUUUGUUGGAAUAAAUUACACGCAAUUCUUCUAGGA